UGCUCACAAUCAUUGCUUAUUCACUUGUUCAUAGCUAAUCAUCAAUAUUUUUCUUUUUUAAAAAAAAAAAAAAUCUUUCUUUGCAUAUGAUCAUUUAUUUGUCUUAGGAUAAGAAGAUGAUGAAGACGAAGAAUUAACAAGAAGUGCGAAAAUGAGUACAGCAAGAUUUAUCAAGUGUGUUACAGUCGGAGACGGCGCGGUUGGGAAAACUUGCAUGCUCAUCUCCUACACCAGCAACACUUUUCCUACUGAUUAUGUUCCAACUGUGUUUGAUAACUUCAGUGCUAAUGUUGUUGUUGAUGGUAGCACUGUCAACCUUGGACUUUGGGACACUGCUGGUCAAGAAGAUUAUAAUAGGUUGAGGCCUCUUAGUUACAGAGGAGCAGAUGUAUUCUUAAUGGCUUUCUCUCUCAUUAGCAAGGCUAGCUAUGAAAACAUUCACAAAAAGUGGGUGCCUGAAUUAAAGCACUAUUCUCCUAAUGUUCCAAUUGUGCUUGUGGGAACUAAGCUUGAUUUGCGUGAUGACCUUCAAUUCCUGAGUGAUCACCAGAGUGUGACUCCGAUUUCAACUGCUCAGGGAGAAGAGCUGAAGAGAAUGAUAGGAGCAGUUGCAUACAUAGAAUGCAGCUCCAAAACUCAGCAGAAUGUGAAGACAGUGUUUGAUGCUGCAAUAAGAGUAGUACUUCGUCCUCCAAAGCAGAAGAGAAAGAAGAGAAAGCAGAAGGGAUGUUUGGUACUUUGAAGGCACUAAAAGUAUUGAUUAUGCUCUAAGAAUUAGUAAUAUGAGCACUAGUAAACAUUUUACAAAUAUUUCAUUAAGUUGUAUUAAUUAGCUAUAUAACUUCAUCUAUUUUGAACCAUUUUGUUUGCUUUUGGAGUACUAUAUAUUACUAUAUGUUCAAAUCCUUUUAAUAUU